ACCCGCUGUCAUACUGCUAAUACAGUACGAGCGCUUACUCUCAAUCGAUACAAAUCAGUCGAACACGUUCAUACAGGAUGUACAAGUUAAUUGUACUUAUGGCGUUCUUAUUCUUACAUGCAGCGACAUGCAACGAUUGUGGAGGCUAUGAUACGAGUAUAUGUCAUCUGCCAUUAAGGACUGGUUCGUGCCCAGGGGUUUUGAAAAGAUACGGCUAUGAUGUAGCAGUUCACGACUGCGUAGAGUUCACGUACGGGGGGUGUGACGGGAACGCUAAUAAUUUCGAUACUUACAACGAAUGCAUCGUCGCCUGCGGCUGACAUUUCUGUUUCAACCUUUUCCUAUUUCAACCUCUUCUUGUUUCAUCCCGUAUUAAUGUCAAAAGUCGAUGUAAUUUCAAAAGUAAAAAAAAACUUUAUCAUAACUAACUUAAUAUUUUUUUUGCAAUCAAACUGUGUAAUAAUUUGAAAUAAAACUGCAUUCUCUUCUA